AUGACUUUGAAUGAACAAGAAAAGAUUAACAUCUACAGAGGAAAGAAAGGAUUUUCAUCAAUAACCAAAUUGGUAUUCGCUAGUCCAGAUUGA